AAAUCUAUAUAUGGGCAAAGCUAAAAUUAAUUAGUUCAUAUCAUAUAUGCAGAAGAGAAUUUGGGAUAUAAUUCUCUGAUUAAUGGCAAAGGGAGAAGGUGUUUUCGCUUGCUGUUUUCUUCUGUUGUUAAUUGUUUGCAUAGUAGCCACUAACUUGAGAGGAGGUGGAGCAGCGGAGGCGGCACAAGUAACCGUUUUUAUAUUUGGUGACUCCACAGUGGAUGUUGGGACUAACAAUCUUUUGAAUGGAACUUCUGCCUUAGCCAAUUUUCCUUACUAUGGGAUUGAUUUUCCUGGCUCAAUACCUACUGGCAGGUUCAGCAAUGGCUUCAACCUUGCUGAUCAGCUUGCGGGGCUAUUUGGACAUGAUAAAAGCCCACAACCUUAUCUAUACCUUGUCAAGAAUGAGUCACUUUUUAGAGAGGAAAUCCUGAAGGGGGUGAACUUUGCAUCUGGCGGUUCGGGAAUCCUUGAACACACUGGAAAAAAGUUGUGGGGGAGAAUUGUACCACUGAAAGAACAGAUUCAACAAUUUGAAGCCGUCCGUGGAAACAUCUCAUCAGAUUUGAACGAUCCAAAGGAAGCUGCUAAACUUCUUUCCAAUGCAUUAUACAUCUUCAGCGUUGGAUCAAACGACAUCCUUGAUCCCAUACGGUUAGGAACCAACUUAACCGACAAAUUGCUGUGUGAUCUACGCUCAUCCUACCGCCAACAUCUAGAGAAUUUGUACAAUAUGGGAGCUCGGAAAUUUGGGAUCAUAGCAGCAGCACCAAUCGGGUGCUGUCCCUUCUCGCGUGCUCUGAACAAAAGUAUGGGUGGAGCUGGUGGGUGUUUAAGAGAACCCAAUGACUUUGCUCGAGCAUUCUACAAAGCUAUUGACACUCUCUUAUGUACUAUGAGCUCGGAGUUUCCUGACAUGAAGUAUUCGCUCGCAAAUUCCUACAAAAUGACUCAAUAUGUCCUGAAACACCCUUACUUGGGCUUCAAUGAAACGAAGAAAGCUUGCUGUGGAUCCGGAUAUGACAAUGGAGAAGGGGGUUGCAAUAAAACACAAAACCCUAAUCUCUGUAAGAAUCGUAACAAGUACCUGUUUUGGGACUUGUAUCAUCCAUCUCAGGCUGCUACUGCCCUGUCGGCCAUAACCCUUUAUAAUGGAAACCUAGACUUUAUAAAACCCAUGAACUUCAGUCUCCUCGCACAGCUUCAACUCUAACAUGGGAUUUGUUCUCCUCUUUUAUCGUAUUUCGAUUCUGUAAUAACGUCUUAUCUUUGUUCCUGAUUACUCCAUAGUAAUCUUAUUGAUAUCUUAUCACUA